AUGUCUUCCUCACCGCCGCAGCCGACCCAGUCGACCAAGCGACCUUUAGAGGAGGCUUCCUCUCCUUCGCGCGCCACGGACCAACCCGACGCCAAGCGUCCUGCUCUCGACAAGAUUCUCAAGAACGACGACGCGGCCACGACCACAAAGGCGUCAGAGACUGCUACAGACAGCACUGACAAGAAUGGCGAUGAUGCUUCGAACGGGGCCAAGACUGAGACUGAGACUGUCACUGGCGAGAUCGGCGCUGACGAAAAGCUAGCUGAGGCUGGUGCUGCUGGCUCAUCUUCUGCCGCUGCGCACGACGAGACCUCCUGGAUCCACAUCCGUGCCGUCAUCUCUAGCCCAGAAGCCGCUACCAUCAUUGGCAAGGGCGGCGAGAAUGUGUCCAACAUCCGCAAAAUGUCAAAUGCCAAGUGCACUGUUAGCGACUACCAAAAGGGAGCCGUCGAGCGUAUUCUAACAGUCAGCGGCAUCGUAGAUGCAGUUGCCAAGGCUUUUGGCCUCAUUAUUCGUACACUUAACAACGAGCCACUGACAGAGACCUCUACCGCUUCAUCAAAAACGUACCCGCUACGUCUGCUUAUUCCCCAUAUUCUCAUUGGCUCUAUCAUUGGAAAGGGUGGCGCCCGCAUCCGCGAGAUUCAAGAAGCGUCGGGGGCUCGACUUAAUGCUUCGGAUUCCUGCCUCCCCAUGUCCAGCGAGCGUUCGCUGGUUGUGAUGGGUGUCGCCGAUGCCGUCCACAUUGCGACGUACUAUGUCGGCUCGACCCUUCUCGAGCAACUGAACGAACGCUUCGGAGGACCCGCUGCCUCGGCCUAUGCCACCAGAAGCGGCGCGCCCGCUGGCUCAAUCCCCGGCGGGAUGCAAGUAGUUCCAUAUAGCCCUCAGCCCGCCUCUGGCCAGUACGGCCGCAGCGAAAACUAUGGACGCCACUCCGAGCGUCGCCCCCCGAUGCCACCUCCUGCUCCCUACCCGGCGCAGUACCCUCCUCAUGCUGGAGCCCAAGUGGCAGCACCCAGCAUGCCUAUGCAUUAUGGUGCGCAAGGUGGUGCCUAUGGAGCACCGGCUCCUCAUGUACAGCAGCACAUGCCACCACACACUGGCGCGCAGCCUCAUGGUGGCCCUCAGGCGCAGAACAUGCAUGCGGGCAUGCCCGGCGGCCCCAUGACGCAGCAGAUCUACAUUCCCAAUGACAUGUUGAGUGGCAGCGUGAUCAAGAUCAACGAGCCUCAGGACAAUAGCAACGAAAGACUGGUCACGGUUACAGGUACCGAGGAAUGCAACCGCAUGGCUCUGUACCUGCUUUAUUCCCGACUUGGUGCGUCAUAA